GAACAAUCCCGAAGUACGUACCCACCAAAUUUAUAUAAAUCCAAUCUCCCCUCUCUUUUCUUCGAGAAAACACUACAGCUGAACGCACGCGCAAAUUUCAUAGAAGCAACUAACCGAAAUCAUUCCUUUUUCUUCUUCCAAGAAACAUUUCCUUGUCAAGUUAGUCUGCAAGAAAAUGAAAAUGGUUAACCCAAGAUUCAAAAACAUGUCUUUGCUCGUUGGAACACUUGUGUUUCUAGGCUUGAUGGCCACCCAAGCCAAUGCUCUAAUGCCAUGCAAAAGAUCCCUAUGGGACAUGAUGCUCCCAUCAGAAGACCCCUUCAGGAUUCUUGAACAAACCCCACUUACAAUCCCAAAAGGGGUUGAAGCUCUUGCACUGGCAAGGGCAGAUUGGAAAGAAACACCAACAUCACAUGUUAUCUCCUUGGACAUGCCAGGGAUAAAGAAGGAUGAUAUCAAAAUUGAGGUGGAAGAGAAUAGGGUGUUGAGGAUAAGUGGAGAGCGGAAAGGAGAAGAAGAGAUUCAAGGAGAGAAAUGGCACAGAGCCGAAAGGACUAAUGGCAAGUUCUGGAGGCAGUUUAGAUUGCCUAGCAAUGCAGAUUUAGAGCAUAUUAAGGCUCAUCUUGAAGAUGGGGUGUUGAGGAUUACUGUGCCUAAGUUUGCUGAGGAGCAGAAGAGACAGCCUCAGGUGAUUAACAUUGCUGAACAUGGCUCUUCUGGUCAGGAUAUUGAGACUACAAAGGCUCAGAUGUGAUGUAUUUUGUUUCUUUUCUUGCUUUUUGGUUCUUAAUGUUGGUGUGUUAUAAGUUAAUCACAGACUAAUAAUACUUAUUGUGUUGAGCUUUAUGUGAUGAGUUUGAUCUGAUUGUAAUAAGAUUAAAGGUUUGUGUUA